CACCAACCCCGCAUCCACAAACACCCCAUGUUGACUCCCCUCCCUCUUUUUCUUAUCCCAUUGUAACUGGAGUCUGAAAUAAUGGCGAGCCGUUGGGCAGUGGGGCAACUCUGGUGGAAAAGAGACUCCUCGGCAGCCGAAGUCCACGAGAAAUGCAGCCAGGUAUCCAAACAUGAAGAUGAAAAAAGGCAGUGUGAUGCAGGGUCAUUAUCAGAAGAUGAUGAAGAAACUUUGUCUUGGCCUGGACUCAAACUGAUAGUUUUACGAAGAUCACCCAUGGGUUUUGGUUUUACCUUAAGGCAUUUUAUUGUUUACCCCCCAGAAUCUGCUAUUCAGGUAUCUUUAAAAGAUGAAGAGAAUGGAAAUAAAAGUGGGAAAACAAGAAAGAAGCCUGAGCCAGUGGAUACCAUAUUUGUUAAACAAGUUAGAGAAGGAGGGCCUGCUUUUGAAGCUGGAUUAUCCACAGGUGACAGAAUUAUAAAAGUUAACAGAGAAAGUGUCAUAGGAAAGACAUUUUCUCAAGUAAUUGCUUUAAUUCAGAACAGUGAUGAUGAGUUGGAACUCAGUGUUAUGCCAAAAGAUGAGGACAUUCUUCAACUUGCAUAUUCCCAGGAUGCUUACCAGAAGGGCAAUGAAGCCUACACUGGUAAUGCUCUUUACAUACCUGAGCCUCCACCAAUAAGUUAUCCUCGAUUAACAUAUCCAGCUCCUGUCCUGGCAUUACCCAUGGAGAAAGCACCUCCUGACUUAUCACUGGGAAAGCAGUCAAAUAGUAGAGCUGUACCGACAUUAGCACAACCUGAAAAGGCCUGCAGAAAGGAAAUACAAGUGCCUCCAUUUUCAAAAGAUAUUGCAAAAUCUAACACAGCUGUCUGUGUUUGUAAUGAGACCAUAAGAACAGUUGUUGUGCCUUCUGAGAACGAUGUAGACUUUUCAUCAGUUAGAACAAACCACACUAAUCCAUCACACCAGGCAGAGAGUUUCAAGGAACAAACCUCUGUAAAAGCAAAACCACGAGCCACUUCACCUUCCUCUUCGAUGUCCACUGCCAUUGUACUUCCUCAGACUCCCCUUACAAAACCAACGGAUUCCCCAGCAACAGCUAAUUAUUCUGGAAACUAUGAAGGACAGCCAGAAGGAGCUUCAGGUUGGAGUUCUCCUGCUCAGAGUGGAGAUUCUCCCUCUGUUAAUAAUAAUCACACCACUUCUCCAAGUGCCCAUCAUAACAUAGACUGGAAAACUUACAAAACCUAUAAAGAAUAUAUUGAAAACAAACGCUUUCCCAAGUAUGGUUUCAGAACCAUACAGGAGAGGCUAGAUAGUUUUAGAGCCACAUCUUCACAUUCAGUAGAUUACUGUAUUGGCUCACAGGUACGCUGCAGAAGCACCUCUCAUGAUAGGAGCUCACAGUCUGUAUCUGUUCGGCAAAGGAGUAUAUCCCAGGAAAGAGUUAAGGAUACUGUCUUAAUCAAAAGAUGGCCAAGAAGUGCUUCGCAAGAUACUUUAACUUCACCAGUUAUUAGCCCUCGAAGUCGUAGGGUACGCUCCUGGAACUAUUUAGGCAGACAAGGUGAAGCCGUGGAAAAGGUUCACAGUGAGGACCUCAUUGCAGAUUCAAGCACAGCCCAAAAAAUUACACAUGAAUGUACUGGAUUUACUGAUCAAAAUGAUCCUCAAGGCAUUUAUAAAAUUUCAGGGCAACCUAUGUUUCAGGGGUCCCGUAGUGAUUCAAAUUUUUCUGUGGCUCCUGGUGCUUAUCCUCCAGGUGACAGCCAAAUAAGCAACCAAGCCUUUCGACCCUUUGCUCAAUUCCAGAAAAAUUCAGCAGAUGUAAAAUUGCUGCAACCUUCCAAGGAUUUGCCAGCCACUGGAGAUUCAAACUCUACAACCACUUUUCAGGAAAGAUCACCUCGUACAACAACUACAAGCACAAAAAUUAGUUCUUUGAAGACCUAUGUACAUUAUGCAGCAAAGCCAUCAUUUCCUUCUAAUCAGAGUCUGGAGAGUGCUACAACCACAGACCAAAGAGAAAUUAAUUAUGUGCACUAUAGUGGUUUGCCAACUCAACAAUCCAGGAAAAAUGCAGAAAGUCCACCAGAUCCCGAACUAGACAUAAGCAAGUCUAAUCUUUCUCCCAUUUCCUAUACAUCUUCUGUCAAAUUUGUCCCACAAGUUAAUGAGCACUUAACUUUGGUUAAUUUAGAUGUUUCUGUCAGACAAAAGAUUCAAAAUUUUGAAACGGAAGCUAUAAAACCGCCUCAAGUUCAACCAAGAGAUGAGACAAAUGAGGAGGAAGUGGUUUUGCGGGAAAAGUCAUCUUCUGGCCAUCAAACCCCACAACUUCUGCGACAUCAGUCCUAUAUUUUAGCUGUAAAUGGUCAGGACUCUGCCUCUGAGACCACUUGUUGGUUACCCAAUGAUGCACGGCGAGAAGUUCAUAUAAGAAAAAUAGAAGAAAGGAAAGCCUCUUGUUCCUGCACACCCUACGAUUCCUUGGCAUCAAUUCCAUUCAUAGAUGAGCUGACCAGUCCAAGUAUUGACCUGGACAUCACCCACAUUCCAGCUUCUGCUGUUAUUUCGCCACCUCCUUCACGAGCAAUGGCUACCACCAGUGCUGUUCCUUUGAGUUGUACUGCUCUUGUACCAUUUAUUCGACGUCAACUCUCUUCUGGCCAUGAAUCAAUUAGGACUAGUGUCCUAGAUGAGCAAUUUCCUGGAAAAAAUGAAAGGUCCAAAUCUUAUGGUGAAGGACUCGAUGACUAUAAAGAAGGAAAAGGGGCCAUAAAGCAUUCACCGAGCUUAAAGGCAAUUAAGAUUCCAAAUAAUGAAGCAUCUUCAGAAAAUGCAGGAUUCAGAAAAACAUCUGCUUCAGAAGUCUUUUGUGACACCGCCAAAGAAGGAUAUCUUCAUUUUCGGCAGCUGGUUACAGACAAGGGGAAGAGAGUUGGUGGAAGCAUCCGCCCAUGGAAACAGAUGUAUGUCAUCCUCAGAGGGUGUUCAUUAUACUUAUACAAGGAUAAAAAAGAACCAACUAUACUUUCUGAGGAGGAACAGCCCAUCAACAUCAAUGCUUGUUUAACAGACAUUUCAUAUAGUGAUACCAAAAAGAAACAUGUGUUUCGGCUUACUACAUCAGACUGUGAAUACCUGUUUCAAGCUGAAAAUAGAGACGACAUGCUGGCAUGGAUUAAGGCUAUACGUGAAAACAGCAAUGAGGAGGACACAGGUGUCUCGAGCAGGGAUCUAAUUAGUCAGAAGAUUAAAGAAUACAGCACAAUUAUGGGUGCUUCUAGUGGCAAAACUGAGCCACUUUCAAAACCAUCCCGACCGAGCCUAAUUAAAAGACAGACAUUCCUUGGCACUAAAACUGAGCAAAGAACUCAGAGUCCACAUUCUCCUAAGGAGGAAUCAGAAAAGAAAUUCCUUACGAAAGAAAAAGAUGAGACAAGCCCACCCAAAGAUAAAAGUAUAUGGCGAAAAAACAUUCCAAGCAUCAUGAAAAAAACAUUUGAAAAGAAGUCAUCUGCCGCUUGCACAUUUGGUGUCAAACUAGUUGAUUGCCCCCCAGCAGAGAGCAAUAAGUAUAUUCCAAGAAUUGUUGAAAUAUGCUGCAAGCUAGUUGAAGAGAGAGGUCUUCAAUAUACUGGUAUUUAUAGGGUUCCAGGAAAUAAUGUUGCCAUCUCAAAUUUGCAAGAAGAUCUGAACAAAGGAAUGACUGAUAUUGAUCUUCAAGAUGAUAAAUGGAGAGACCUGAAUGUCAUAAGUAGUUUAUUGAAGUCCUUUCUCCGAAAGCUUCCAGAACCACUUUUUACUAAUGAGAGAUAUGCAUCUUUCAUAGACGCCAACAGAAAGGAAGACCCCGUUGAGCGACUAAAAACAUUGAAAAACUUGAUCCAUGAUUUACCUGAACAUCAUUAUGAAACACUUAGAUUUCUCUGUGCCCAUCUGAGAAUUGUGGCAGAACAUUCAGAAGAGAACAAGAUGGAACCAAGAAAUCUGGCAAUAGUAUUUGGUCCAACACUUGUGAGGACAUCUGAAGAUAACAUGACCAAUAUGGUUACUCAUAUGCCAGAUCAAUACAGAAUUGUAGAAACCCUUAUCCAAAAACAUGACUGGUUUUUCGCAGAAGAUGAUGCUGAACAACCUUUUACAGGAGUUCAGGAAGCAAACACAGUAGAGUCUCAGCCAGUGCCAAGCAUAGAUCAUUUACUCAGCAACAUUGGAAGGAUUGGAGUAUAUCCUGGAGAUGUAUCAGAUUCAGCUACUGGUGACUCUGCAAAAUUUAAGGGUUCUUGGGGAUCUGGAAAUAAUCAAUACAGCAGAGAGCUACUUAAGUCUUCUAUAUUUGCCACAACCAGUCGCAAGCGGAAAAAAGCAAAAGACAAACUGCAACUCAGCAGCUCUGAAGAUGAGUGGGAUAGUGUUUUUUUCAUGAAGGAGCCUGCAGAGCUCCAUUGUAAUGACUCCCCAAAAGAGGACACACCUAAAACUGAGCUGGAGAAGGAAACCGCAGCAGGAAUAGAGAGAGCAGGAUUUCCGAAAGAAAAGGAAGACUGUGUGAACAGUCCUUCUGCUGCAAGCAAGGAUGAAGUGUUGCUAAGGAAAGAGAAUUUGUCCUCUGAAGAGCCCUCAACAUCUUAUAUUCAGAAAUACAGGAGAUCCCCAAAUCCCAUCUCUUGGAGAAAUGCACAAAAAGAUAACCAUAAAUUCCCUAAUUUCCAGAUUGCUUCUGUGUUGGAAGAAACCAUUUUGGACUCGGGCACUACCCUCAGCUGCACUUCACAAGCUUCUCUGCAAAAUGUCUCCAGUAAAAGAUUAGGCGACCCUGAAAGUAAACGCAGUGAAUUUUUUACUGCUGAAGUUGGCUCCAUCACUUCAGGCUACUCCACAACAUCCUCCACUGCAUAUUUAGCUGGUGUCGAUUCCACCGUACUGGGUACUGAAGUGCUUCACUCAGUGACGGAGAGUACAGGAGAAGAGGCCGAUGAUGAAAGUAGUGAACUGGUCAGUGAAGGUCGUCCUGUAGAAACAGACAGUGAAAAUGAUUUUCCUGAUUUUGCAGCAAGUUCUGUGGAUAGGUUGUUCAGGGAGAAGACUCACGACAUGGUAAAGAACCUUAGGAGAAACUCUGAAGAAAGUGAAGUAAGUUGUUCAGGAGGAACUUCAACACCAAAGUUAGACAGUCACAGACUUUUCAAUUCAUACAAACUUAUUGAAUGUGAUACUCUAUCUCGGAAAAAGUUGGCCAGGUACAAAAUGGAAAGUGAAAGUUUAAGGGAUGCAAAACACAAAGAGGAUAUAAAGAAAGGAAAGAUGGACAACAGCUUAACCACAUCAACAAGAAGUGAACCUGUCAAACAGGAACCUACAUGGAAAGUCAAGAUUCCAGACAGAUUAAAACUGCAUCUUAAAUCAUCUGCUGAUGAUAUGCUUGGAACUGGCAAUCAGAAGUCAUGUCCUGCAGAGAGCUCCAAAAGAAAAAACAUCAGGCGAAGGCACACACUAGGAGGACAGAGAGAUUUUAUUGAAUCAAGUGCCCUAAAUGCAUGGCAAACUCAAGAAAAAUACCCAAGCAUGGAGAAAGACACUUCAGCCCUAAACUGGCUGAAGGCAAAAUCCCCAUCUCAGCAAACAACGAUUUCAGAGUAUGUUGCACAAGAGCGUCUGCGGCGUAACCCAGUGGACCUUAAAAUAAAUAAAACUGAAAAGGUGAAUGUAAGCCAAUUAGAUGAUUCCUCAAAGGCAGAAUCCUCAUUUUCUGCAGAGUUAUCAUCAGGAGGGGAUAGUACCACUUCUUCUGGUAGUUCUUCCUCUGAAGCCUGGUACAAAACCCAUGGAGUACUCACUACUCUAGACCAUUUCAAUGGAGAAAGCUACCAAACUAUGAGUGAGUCCAUCAGCCUGGCUGUUGAUGCUCAUCCUCAUAAGUUAUCUGAGACCCUAGAGAUUAUGUCUCAAUUCUACUAGUCUCUUUGACACAGUUAAAUAGUCGCCACCACAGUUUAGCAGUGUUUUUUCUUUUUUCUCAGUUGUUCUGUAUGCUUUUCCCCCAUCUCACACACAGUGUUAGUGUGCACCAUGCAUAUUGCAGCUACAAUAUUAUUAGUCAGAAGAAAAAAUAAUUAUUUUUAUUUUAGUCGUUAACAAGUGCCUCAUCAUUUUUUUAAAAAAAAGGUUCAUUUGAUUUGUUAAGGUGCCAUAAUAGUUGUUAUAUUUAGAUAUUUAUGUUAACUGUAAAGAACAAAUUGCUGCAUUUUAUUGUAGAGACUGAAAGGGAGAAUGUAAACCAAUUAGAUGAUUCCUCAUUUCCUGCAGAGUUAUAAUCAGGAGGUAAUAAUGCCAGUUCUCCUGAAAAUGCUUCUGGACCCUGGUCUAUAACACCCACUGAGUACUUGGAUUUCUAAAUCACUUAAGAGGGGAAAAGCUACCAGUAUAUGAACAAUGAUGUUCACCCUCAUAAGUUAUCUGGGUCCAGGAGGAUACAACUUGAUCUACCAUUGACAUAAUUAAAUGGCCACCACCACAAUUCAGUAGCUCCCUCUCUCUCCUCCCUUCCCCACCCCUAUCUUGUUCUGUGUUGCCCUCCCCCCACCCCCCACCCCCACACAGUGUUAGUAUGCACUAUGCAUUAAUGCAACUACGACCUUGUUAGUUGGAAGGAAAAAAAAUCUUUGAGUUUAGUCGUUAACAAGUGCCUCAUCAAAAAUUAAAUUUUUAAAAAAAGUUAAUUUGGUUUGUUAAGGUGCCAUAGUAGUUGUUACAUUUAAACAUUUAUGUUAAACAUAAAACAAAUUGCUGCAUUUUAUUGUUAAGACAUUUCAUUACAUUUUUUCAAAAUUUAACAUACAUGGAUACAGAGCUUCCAUUUAGGCAUUCCACUUGGAUUUUUGAGUUUUAUAUUCUGAUUUUAAUACAGUUUUUGAGUAUUAUGUGACUUGAAUUUUUACUCUUUCUGUAAAAUAGAUAACUUAAGUGUAAAUACACUAUGUGUGUAUCUUUUCCUCAGACACCAGCUUUGAUAUAAAUGUUGUAACAUAGAAGUGUAGAUAGUAGAUCCUGGAUAUGUGCAUAGAACUGGUUUCUUUUACCAAGAAUAUAAUUCUGCAUGAAGAGUUCAUAAAUCCAGAUCUGUACAUGCUUCUGUGUAUAUCCACUUAAAACACUGGAAAUAAAUUGGUUUUGAUUGUUCUUGUA